AUGCCGUUCGUCAAGAACAUUAAGACCUCUGCGUACUUCAGUCGAUACCAGGUGCGUAUUGCGACGGCAGCGUCGUAUCAGAUGGAGCUUGCAGAUCCGUCUUUUUGGGAGACCUCGCGAAUCGAGAGUGCCGUGCAAAGGAGCGGGCGACCUUGGCAUGGCACAGCGCAGGGCCAAAUGGUGUGCUCGGACCGAAGGGCAAUAGGGAAGGAAACAGAUGCGGGGCACCGCUGGCGCGAUCUCGUCACUCGCAGAGAAAACGAUCACUGACCACCUCGGACCUGCUUCUUCCGCAACCCACAGGUCAAGUACCGCCGUCGUCGCGAGGGAAAGACCGACUACUACGCCCGCAAGCGCUUGACUUCUCAGGCCAAGAACAAGUACAACGCGCCCAAGUACCGCCUUGUUGUCCGGUUCUCCAACCGCUACUGCACCGUGCAGAUCAUUUCUGCUCGCAUUCAAGGAGAUGUUGUCCUGACUCAAGCCAGCUCCAAGGAGCUGCCCCGAUACGGCAUCAAGCAUGGCUUGAGCAACUGGACUGCAGCAUACGCUACUGGUCUCCUUGUCGCCCGCCGUGCCCUCACCAUCCUCGGUCUCGCGGACAAGUACGAGGGUGUCACUGAGCCUGAUGGUUCUCUCUCCCUCACCGAGCCUCUCGGUGACGAUGAGCCUCGCCCAUUCAAGUGUUUCUUGGACGUCGGAUUGAAGAGGACAUCGACCGGUGCUCGAGUCUUUGGUGCUCUCAAGGGCGCAUCAGAUGGCGGUCUCUACAUCCCUCACAGCGAGAAGCGUUUCCCCGGCUACGACCCCGAGAGCAAGGAGCUCGACACCGACCUCCUCUCUGGCUACAUUCGUGGAUCUCACGUCUCGGACUUCAUGGAGUCGCUCGAAGAGGAAGAUGAGGAGAGGCACAAGAAGCAGUUCGCGCGUUACCUUGCAGAUGACAUUGAGAGCGAUGCAUUGGAGGGUAUCUACGAAGAGGCUUACGAGAAGAUCCGGUGAGUGAAACGGAGGCCGGGACUUGGCAGAUGCGAAUGGGCAAUCGAGAUGCACUAGUAUCAGGCUGAAUCACUGACGUCUUGCGAUUGCGAUGCUUGCUUCGCAGCGAGGACCCGGUCUACCACCCUACUGAGAAGACCAAGGACUGGAAAGCCGAGUCCAAGAAGUACAAGCAGCCCAAGCUUACCUACCAGCAACGCAAGCAGAAGAUCGCCGACAAGAUCGCUGCUUUCAAGGCUGGUCAGGCCAUCUAA